AUAAAAUAAACUAGUGAGCUUUAUAUUCCCUUGCCCAUUCAAAAGUCAAAGACCCAAGAGUACACUCAAGGAACAUAAUUUAAACAAUUGAGUACAGUAUGUGAGUGAAGUCACAGUUUAGAUUCAUUCUGCACCAAGAAAUGUUCUUGUGAAGUUUGGCUCGGUCUUCCCUUUAACACGAAAGUUCAAUGAAAUUAGCUCUCUAAUUCUGUCUCUCUUCCUUCAUCUUAGUUGACUCCUUCAGAUAUCCUAUAUAUUCGAUUCACUUCAUCUUCCACAGCUUUCCAUUUCAAAUACACCUAAUUCUUUAUCCCUCCUUUUGUUUCGUUCUUCCCUUAGUUCUUCCUUGGUUCGCAGAUUAGAAGAAGAGCAAAAAGACAUGAUGGGGAGGAACCGUGAGGAACAUAUCACCUUGCAUACCAGUUCUAAGGCACCAGUGGAAGGUGAUUUAAGGAAGUGCGCGUUUGCUUCUAUUCCCAAGCCACCAAUCCAACAUAACAGACCAAGCAGCAGCAUGGUCAUCAAGAAAGCCAAUACGGUGAUACCUGCUCACAUAAUAGCCGAAGCCAUAUCAACACUCCACGGUCUUGAUCUGAGAUGGUCAGGCCCGAUCACGCCAACUGAAAGGCAAUAUGUUGAACAAUACGUCCUUGCGAAAUACCCAGAAUACUCCAAUGCGCUAGUUGAAGGAGGAGAAAAGACUGAUCUCUACAAUCUCUGCAUCAAAGAAGAGCCAUCAGAUUCCCCAUUAGAUGACAAGCGGAAAUCGCCACGUGUUAGUUCCAGAGACUCAUCGUCGACACCCUCAUUUGGAAGCAAUCUCCCUGAUUUAGACAAAACCCAGUUGGAGGCAUCAAGGUUGCUUGACAUUCUAACUAAGAAAUCCUCAUUUCCAGGGAGUUUUAUUUCCAUUCCAGAAAUCCAAGCGAGAAACAAAGUUUUGAAGCACUGCGGAUUACCGGAUGAAGAGUACCUUGUUCUCUUUACUUCAACGUACAAAGAUGCAAUGAUGUUAGUAGGGGAGAGUUACCCUUUUUUCAGGGGAAACUUCUACAUGACUGUUAUUGGUGAAGAAUCCGAUUACAUAAGAGAGUUUGCGAGUUAUAAGGAAUCGAAAGUGAUUGUAGCACCAGAAACUUGGCUGGAUUUGAGGAUCAAGGGAUCGCAACUCAGUCAGUAUUUUAGGCGGAAAUGUAAGCAUAGUCCUAAAGGACUGUUUUCUUACCCAGUCGAUGUGAAUGGGACACGUUAUUCGAUGCAUUGGGUAUCGGAAGCUCAUAGGAACUCAUGGCAUGUUUUGCUUGAUGCGACCACAUUGGUUGUGGGAGAGGACCGGUUGAACCUCGCGCUUCAUCGGCCUGACUUUGUGUUGUGCAGUCCUGAUAAUAAUCGUGCUGAUCAUUCAACGAUCACCUGCCUUCUGGUCAGAAGAAAAUCCUUUGAUACACCUGUUUCAGCUCAGGGAUAUGAGUAACAUGCUUGUAUGCUAUUAUAUAAGAUUUUGCUAUAAGCAGCCCACUGGACUGUAAAUAAGGUGAUGGAAUUUUAAUACACAUCUCACAACCUCAAUGCA